CCAUCAUGUCAAGCUGGAAAAUGACAAGUGGCCAUGAAGAAGAUGAAAGACUCUGGUGUGGAUGAAGGUGUCUCCGUUCCUCGCAUCACAGCCAUUCUGUCUUACUCUAAAGGCUUUAUAUGCUCUUAUGGUGCCGGCACUGCUUGUCUCUUUGAAAAGACAAAGGAGGACGGUUAUAGAAGGACAAGAGACAUACGGAUCCCAGCAGACAACAGUGAUCUGACCCCGGCUGAGAGUCAGCUGAUUGACACGAUGUGUUUGAGUCCAUCAGAGGAGACUCUGGUCCUCAGCACCGACAGAGGACAGCUGUACAGCUUCAGCCUGUCCUCUCUGGACAUCAACAAG